CCUACAAAACAGCUAUUAGUGGGCUCUGACGACCACGACAUCCGAGUGUUCAAAGAGGAUGCCAUCACUUACGAGUUGUCCGAAACGGAUACCAUCACCUGUUUGUGUGCCAUCAGUCCCCACACAUUCGCCUACUCCCUGUCCAACGGUACGGUCGGUGUCUAUCAUAAGAAGGAGCGCUUAUGGCGAAUAAAAUCCAAGAAUCAGGCCAUAAGUCUACUAAGUUUUGAUGUCAAUAAUGAUGGUGCGCCGGAACUGGUGACCGGGUGGUCCAACGGGAAACUAGAUGCUCGCAACGUGGAGAACGGGGAGGUGUUAUUCCGGGACAAUUUGGCCCAUUCGGUGGCCGCAGUGCUCAGCGCCGACUAUAACUUAGACGGCAUACCAGAGCUCAUAGUGUGUACCAUCGAGGGCGAGAUCAGGGGGUAUGUGCCGGCGUCGGCACAGGAACGGCAGUCUGUGAUCGACGCCAACUUUGAACAGGACACCAUCCGGGAGCUCAUGAAACGCAAACAGAAUCUGUCCCUAGAAUUGAGGAAUUAUGAGGAGAACAUACGGAUACAAAGAAUCGCCGACCCUUUGGUGGCUAAGGGUAGGCCUACUAUGGAGAACGACCAGUUCGGCGCCAUUCCCGCCAACACUCAGCUCCGGUCGGCGCUUGUGAUCAACCCAAACGAUAAAUUACCUUCGGUUGAGUUAACACUGGAGACGACAAACGACACAAUCAUACGAACGGUUGUCAUCUUCGCGGAGGGAAUAUUCAAAGGCGAGUCACAAGUGAUUCAUCCGAUUGACAGUCAAAUACAGCCGGAGAUCAGUGUAACCCUACGGCCGCCCAAAGACAUACCCAUCGAUCUGCACAUCAAAGCGCUGGUGGGCUAUAAGUCUAGCUUUCAUUACCACGUGUUUGAGUUGACCAGACAUUUGCCCCGAUUCGCGAUGUAUGCCAUCUCUAAAGGGGUCACCAAACCGCAGAGUUUUGUCACUUUUAUAUUACCCGAAAAGUUGACUAAAGUUGUGAUGUGGUUGAACGCAACCUUCCUGUUGGUGGAGGAGUUUGAUUUCGCGGAAACACUUGUCGUAUCGUUUAUAUCAUUACGAGACGGAGCGCCUCUUAUACUGGAAAUGGAUGGCAAGUCUGGAGAGUUCACUAUCCGUACGGACACCAUAGAACUGGCCGGUGAUCUCAUCCAAUCCCUAAUAUUUGAAUACCUGGGUAUCGAAGACCUGUCCUCAACCGCCAGUUUUCCAUCAGAAGUGGAAAGACUGAAGAAAUUCAUAAAUUCUGUGGAAGAACUACAAGCCGUCAGACAGAGAUUGGCCGCAGAAAUAGCCGACAAUUCAAUCGCUAUCAGAGAGCUCGUGGUGAGGGCUGAAGACGCCCGGCUUAUUGGGGAAAUAAAAUUGAUGAAAGAAUUGUACAAUGAUUUGAAUGCAUUGAAUAACGACUUAAUCACUGAAUACAAGAUCCGGUGUCAGAAUCACAGCGAUUUGGUUGAGAGCCUCAAACAGGUUAAUGUUAUUAUCCAAAGGGCGGGCAAUCUAAGAGUGGGCAAACCAAAGUCACAAUUAAUUACUUCGUGUCGAAAUGCUAUACAACAAAACAAUUUGAAUCUAUUGUCACGUAUUAUAAGUGACGGAGAAUUUUGA